CGCUUGACGCUUCCUCCUCCUUCCCAAUACCAUAAAAUCGCCGCCGCCGCUCCUAAAAUUCUCUCCUUCCCCCUUCUUCUCUGGUUUCGCCGAUGGAUGUGAAGCGCAGAACCAUACGCACUCUAGUCUCCAAGCUGAGCUCGGUGUCGGAGCGAACCCGGGAGGAGGCCCUAGCGGAGUUGCGACUCAUCACAAAGCACGACGAAGAGAGCCGUCCGAUCGUCGCCGAAGCAGGGGCCAUACCUUACCUGGCCGAGACUCUCUACUCCUCCUCCCACGAAUCUCAAGACAACGCCGCCGCGACCCUGCUCAACAUCUCCAUCUCCUCACGCGACUCCCUCAUGUCCACGCGCGGCUUGCUGGACGCGCUCUCCCACGCACUCGGCCACCACGCCACCGCCACCUCUCCCACCGCCGUCCAGUCCGCCGCCGCCACGCUCCACAGCCUGCUCGUCGUCGACUCCUACCGCCCCAUCAUCGGAUCCAAAAGGGACAUAGUCUACUCCUUGAUUGAGAUUGUGAGGAGCCCGAAAUCGCCGCCGCGGUCGAUCAAGGACGCGCUCAAGGCCCUGUUCGGCAUCGCUCUGUACCAGCUGAACCGAUCCGUCAUGAUUGAUCUCGGAGUCGUCCCGCCGCUGUUCUCGCUGGUGCUCAAGGACGGUAGGGUCGGGAUCGUUGAGGAUGCGACGGCGGUGAUCGCUCAGAUCGCCGGGUGCGAGGAGAGCGAGGCGGAAUUCGGCCGGGUCUCCGGAAUCAGGGUGUUGGUGGAUCUGUUGGACGUUGGGACGGGUUCCAGUGGUAGGGUUAAGGAGAACGCUGUUGGAGCGCUGCUGAACCUGGUCAGAAGCGGCGGCGAGAAGGUCCUGCGAGAGGUGAAGGAAUUGGGGGUCACGGCGUUGGAAGGAAUCAGGGAUGUAGCCGAGGGAGGGAGCUCGAAAGGGAAGAGCAAAGCGAUGGCUUUGCUGGAAGUGAUUGAAGGCGGAUCCAUGAACGGGAACCCACAGUUCUACUCCCUUUUCGACCAUCACUCGUCUUGAACGAAAGAUUUUAGUAGCUUUGUAUGUAGAUUAUUAUCUGUUGGGUCUGUAAUUCAUUCAUAAGGUAACAAGAACAGUAAUAACUUAGACACCGCGUUGUAAAUGAGUUAUAGAAAUGGAUUUGUUCGUUCAUGUAUUGCUCGUUUAUGAUCUGCUCGAAGCCAUUGAUGUUCUGAUUCAGGGGUAAUGGUGAUAGUUCCGAAUCCAACAGCCAACUUGUUCGAAUACCCCCCCCAUUUAGACGGUUUGUAGGCUCCUCUCCUCUUCUCUCCUCUGAUGAAUCUACGUAGUAAUGGUUAAGAUAAGAAAUUGCACGCAUUCUG